ACCAGCCAGAGCGGUCAGACGGAAGCAGGCAAGUCGCGGCGCCUUCUCUCACUUUUUUUUGCUCCCCGGGAAUAUUCGUGACGCAAGUGUCUCUACGCGGUGGUUUUACAUUUGGAGAACUGGAUCGAGGAAUAUUCAACCUAGCUAGAGACAGUGAAGAGCCUGUUAAAGGAUGUCAUUUAUUUCUCUGUAGACAUUGCUUGGUCCCGCACUGCGCACAAGCCUUAUUUGGAUUAUCGAAUUCUCUUCGGAUGAAUUUGAUCAUCAUGAACGGAUCUGGUAAAUGAUUUUUAGUUCGGUGUCCACAAAUUACUAUCCGCGUUCCUUUACGCGUCUGGACCCCGAUGAGAGAUCCGACCAGUGGUUCCAGAUCGUUUUUACGCACCAAGUCCCGGGAUCGUAACGUCACCAGUGGUGGUCCUCGCCGAACAGGAGUGGAGAACCCGUCCGUGUGCAGAGACAAGUCUCCGUUAGACCCGUCACGUCAGGCCAAAAGGCUCCCCAUCAGGAUUGUUAAAAUGUUGACGGCGCACAGCGGCCACUUGCUCCACCCGGAGUACCUUCAACCCCUUCAGUCCGCACCAGUCAGCAUCGAGCUGGAUGCCAAAAAGAGUCCAUUAGCUUUGCUGGCUCAGACAUGCUCUCAAAUUGGCAAACCGGACCCCCCCUCCUCUUCCAAGCUGGCCUCCCUCUCCUCAGGCAGUUUGGGAGACAAAGAGUCCACAAACCGAUCAUCCAAGCCUGGAGAGCAGCACCAGUCCUCGGAGGACAAGUCCAGCUUCAAACCUUACUCCAAGUCAUCGGGCGACUGUCGUAAAGACGUUCAAGUGUCCAAGGGGUCUGCAGAUAAAACGUUCAGGGUGGCCAGUGGAAGCUUGAGUGGUGGCAGUGUUUCUUGUCCAUCUUUUCCACCCCAUUCCAAAUCACCAAGCUCCCCUCAGCUCCACACGCAGAGCCAGCCUCAUAUACAAAGCCAUUCCCCAUCCACACAACCACUUCCGCACUCACAGGCCUCACACAUGGACAACAAGCCCGCCAGUUUGGAGCACUCCAGCUCGGACGUUAACAGUGGAGAAAAAAAAGACUCAGACACAGCUAAGUCAGGAAUGGACGGGGCUCAGUUGGCCAACUCCAGCCACAUACGGGCCAGCGCCAACUCCAGUAAUGCCAGCUCUGCUAGUAGCCCGCGGCCUGAGAGCAAGGCCGACACACAGGCCUCUCAGGGUAACCUGGUUUCUGGCCACAUCGCACCAGUGUCCCCUUUUAAACCAGGACAUUCUGUUUUUCCUUUGCCUCCUGCUUCUAUGGGCUACCAUGGCUCCAUCGUGGGAGCCUAUGCAGGUUACCCCUCACAGUUUGUUCCUGGUUUGGACCCUACCAAGUCGAGUCUGGGUUUAGGACUUCCAGGUAAACACCCCAGUUCCAGUCCGCUCACCGGAGCCUCUUCUCCGUCCUUGAUGCAGGGCUUGUGUCGGGACCCUUAUUGUUUGACUUACCCUAAUGCACCUCAUUUGGGAGGAAGUAACUGUUCCACCUGUGUCCAUGACCCCUCAAGUCUCAAGUCCAGUUUCCCUCUGGUCUACCCUUCGCACCACCUGCACUCCUUGCACUCUAGCGCCUUGUCUUCCAGCAGCACUCCCUCUCUCUCGCACCCGCUCUACACUUACGGUUUCAUGCUCCCCAAUGAACCAUUGCCCCAUGCCUGUAACUGGGUGUCCGUCGGAGGUCCCUGUGACAAGAGAUUUGCCACUUCAGAGGAGCUCCUAGCCCAUUUGCGUACCCACACAGCUUUACCUGGGAUGGUGGAGAGUAAACUCUUGUCGGCGUACCCUUCAUCAAUUUCAUCGACGGCCUCCUGCCAUCUUCAUCUCCCACCACACAGCAGCCCAGGCUCCCUGCCCAGCUCCUUCUCUCUUCGAGGGUCCCCUGGCUUGGGCCUGGCCCGCUACCACCCCUAUGGCAAAUCCCACCUGCCUGGAGCACCUGGCCUUCCCAUGCCAUCCAUACCCUCGUCUUCAGCGUACUACUCCCCCUAUGCUCUCUACAGUCAGAGACUGGGCUCAGCCUCAGCCCUUGGAUACCCGUGAUAUCACAAAUAGCAGUGACAUUCACGGACUGCGGGAACCAGCUUGAACUCUCCGGAGCAAACCCGAAGAUAGACUGCUCAGAGAGGAAGCUUCAGCAAGUCAGGGCAUCAUUCCAGAUGGUCAGCCUGUCAGGAAUACCACCUGUUAGCUUCACAACUGCGACUAGUGGUGUCUGUAACACACACGGAUUCAAUAGACUUUAUGCUAUUCAUGACACCAAUAAGCAAACCUUGAAAAUGAUGAAAUUAUGUGUUUUCAUCUCUCUUGAUUUUGUUAUUUGUAUCCUUUUUUUUUUUCAGAAAUGUGUCAUCCAAAACUGAAAUUCUGUAUUUAUUUUGCCCCAAGCGCUUGCUUCAAUCUGGGGGAUUUUUUUUCCUUUUCAAAAUAAACUGUUAAUUGAAAAUCAAGAAUGGUUUAAGUAUAUUACCGUAAUGACUAUUACACGCUCUAAAAAUAAAAGUCUUGCACCAUGA